AUUUCCCAGCCUGCCCCGGGGCUCGUCCAGGACGUGCCGGCGCCUAUAAGAGCCGGAGCGCUGCGGCCGGAGCCUAUUGUUAGCCAGAGCCGGGGCGGUUCUGGGCUUCUGCUGCCGGGGGCGCCCGAGUUGCCGGAGCCGCCCGCCCCCCGCCGCCUGCCGGCCGGCCUGCCCACCAGCCCUCCCUCCCCGCCCUGCCACCCUGGGAGCUCCCCGACGGUCGCCGCAGGGCCCGGGACUCGCUUGAUUCUCCCUCCUUUCUACCCGGGCUAGGGCGGCGGCGGCAGCGGGGGCGGCGGAGACCAUCACAGGAGGAGGCAGCUGCGGCGGGGCCGAAUCCUAAUGUACCUGGCUAGCUGUUGGUGAGCAGGGGCUCUCGGGCCAACGUGGUUGACUCCCCAAGGAAACCCUUUUGAAACCAAUGGAUGCAUUCACGGGCUCGGGUCUCAAGAGGAAGUUUGAUGAUGUGGAUGUGGGCUCAUCAGUUUCCAACUCAGAUGAUGAGAUCUCCAGCAGUGACAGUGCUGACAGCUGCGACAGCCUCAAUCCUCCUACAACUGCGAGCUUCACACCCACAUCCAUCCUGAAGCGGCAGAAGCAGCUGCGGAGGAAGAACGUGCGCUUUGAUCAAGUGACUGUAUACUACUUUGCCCGGCGCCAGGGUUUCACCAGUGUGCCCAGCCAAGGUGGUAGCUCUCUGGGCAUGGCCCAGCGCCAUAACUCUGUACGCAGCUAUACACUCUGUGAGUUUGCUCAAGAGCAGGAGGUGAACCAUCGAGAGAUUCUUCGUGAGCACCUGAAGGAAGAGAAACUACAUGCCAAGAAAAUGAAGCUGACCAAGAAUGGGACAGUAGAGUCUGUGGAGGCUGAUGGCCUGACACUGGAUGACGUGUCUGAUGAAGACAUUGAUGUGGAGAACGUGGAAGUGGAUGAUUACUUCUUCCUGCAGCCUCUGCCCACCAAGCGGCGACGGGCCCUGCUGAGGGCUUCUGGGGUCCACCGCAUUGAUGCCGAGGAGAAGCAAGAACUUCGAGCCAUCCGCCUGUCACGGGAAGAGUGUGGUUGUGACUGUCGACUGUACUGUGACCCAGAAGCAUGCGCCUGUAGCCAGGCUGGGAUUAAAUGUCAGGUAGAUCGCAUGUCAUUUCCCUGUGGCUGCUCCCGAGAUGGCUGUGGAAACAUGGCUGGGCGCAUUGAGUUUAAUCCCAUCCGGGUCAGGACUCAUUACCUCCACACCAUCAUGAAGCUGGAGCUGGAGAGCAAGCGGCAGGGGAGCCGCCCGGCAGGCCCGGAUGAGGAUCCCUCACCCACUGCCGGCUGCAGCCUGACAACAGCACAGGCCUCUGAGACGCAGGACUUCCAGGAGUUCAUUGCUGAGAACGAGACUGCGGUGAUGCACCUGCAGAGUGCAGAGGAGCUGGAUCGGCUUAAGGCGGAGGAGGAUGCCAGUGGCUCUAGUGCCAGCCUGGACUCAAGCAUUGAGAGCCUGGGCGUGUGUAUUCUGGAGGAGCCCCUUGCUGUUCCCGAAGAGCUGUGCCCAGGCCUUACAGCCCCCAUUCUCAUCCAGGCUCAGCUGCCCCCAGGCUCCUCUGUCCUGUGUUUUGCCGAGAACUCAGACCACCCAACUGCCUCCACGGUGAACAGCCCAUCCUACUUGAACAGUGGGCCUCUGGUCUAUUAUCAGGUAGAACAGAGGCCAGUCUUGGGAGUGAAAGGAGAGCCUGGUGCAGAAGGCGGCCCAGCCUCUUUCCCCAAAGAGAAGGAUCUGAGUGUCUUCUCUCUCCCUGUUACCUCACUGAUGGCUUGUAGCCCCACAGACCCAGCUACUCUCUGUAAAUCAGAGGUGGGGAAAACCCCCACUCUGGAAGCGCUAUUGCCUGAAGAUUGUAACCCUGAGGAGCCUGAGAAUGAAGACUUCCGCCCCUCUUGGUCCUCCUCAAACCUUUCCUUCCACACGGACAGUGGAGAGGAGACCUCACAGCAGAGUGAGGAUCAGCCCCCUGAAGAUCCCUCCCUAGAACUCCCUCUGGCAGUGUGAGUGAGGAUGGAGAUUUUGCCUCUUACCCAUUCUUUAUUUAUUCCCUUAUUUUAUCUAAUGCCAUUUCAAAACAAAACUGUAGAAGCAGCUGCUGCUCCCAGGUUAUUUUAUUGAGGUGUUUGGGGAAUGGUUGGGAAAAGAUUCUUUGUACAAGUAUUUUUUAAAAGGGAAACAGUACCAAGGAGACUAGUCCCAGCGUGAUCUGGGGAUAGUCUUGAGGCAGAGGAGGCUGCCUGUGUAGUGCUGAAUACUGAGCUUUCUGGGCCGUUGGAACAAAGAACUAGGAUUGCACAGGAGAAGCUGGGUAAUUCAAGCAGCUGUUCUUCAUGUAGGGACCAGAACAUGAGAAUUUAAACAGCAUGGCAAAGUCCCUUCUUUCCUGAGCUCCAGGUGGGGACAAGUUUACUUUUCUCAGUGGCUAUUCGAAUAUCUCAUGUUGGUACAUCUUAAUACCGUAAUUGGAAAUGUCACCUGGUCAAACCUAGAGAAAGAGGUGGAAGGGUCUCUGCUUCUGUACAAAAACCUCGAACAUUUAUAAAAAUUUAACCUGCCUUUUUCCAACCCCUUGUUUGGUAUAUAAGUUACUAUUUGACAUGUUUGGUGUUCUCUGACCUGUUCCCCACACUGGGGAUUCCUGGUCUGUAACUUGAAUUGUUCCUUUCACAUGUUCUUAGGUACUAGAGUUCAAUUUGUCUAUUUGUCUUUUUUCCCCUCCAUCCUUUUUCCUUUGGAGAAAAAGAGAUCGAUUGUCUGGGGAUGUGGUAUAAAGAGCCUGAGUUUUCUGUACAUGUCUGACACUAGCUCUGUCAGACAGCUCCAGGCGGGGGCUCACCCAACGCACGGGAAGGCUGUGUGCAGCAUUAACUGUGUCCAAAGGAGACAGCAGGGACAGGCUGCUGUCUGGAAGGAUGACUUUUAUUUGUGCCAUGCUUGCUUUUUUCACCCAGGUUUUCUUCCCUCAUUGGGAGAUCUGAGCUUUAAUGGAAUGUGGGAUAUGGCAAUCUAAGGUCACCACCUAGUUUCUGUUCUUUUUUCUGUAUCUACCUUUGUCCUUCUUGGAUACACGGGGUUAGAGAGUUCUUAGGAUUCCAGGUUCGUCCCCAAGAAUUCCAAAUGUUUAUUGGAUCCUUCCAUCUCAAUGAUACAUAAAAAUUUGGAAGCCAACCCAAUUCUUAAGGUUCCAAAGGAUUCAAGUUCUGAUUAUAACCUCUGACUUCUAUAGAAUGAACUCAAAGUGAGUUAAAUUCUUACCUCUGUCGGGGGAGAUAACGGUUCCUGUUCCUUAUGAGUCCAGCUUAUUUUCCAAGGUCUGCUCCAAUGAACACCAUUGAUCUUUUUUUAAUUAGCAAAGUUGCCCUUGCCUCUGUUUUAAAACGGAGACGGUGGGAAACGAAACACUAUUCUUCUCUAGCAUCCUUCACACUGUGCUUCCCUGCUGGUGUGGUUUAUUAGCCAGAAAAGAAAAAAGUGGAAAACUUUGUAUGUGUAGGGAGAUAAUUAUUUGUACUUAUCUUGCUCAUAAGCCUUUUUUUGUGGGAUACUAAGGCCCUGGUGUCUUAAAUCAACCUUCAUGUAUGUCACAGCAGCAUUUUACCUAUAAAAUCUCUAACUUAAACUCUGGUCUGAAAGGCCUUGUACUUAAUACAGAUACAUUUUUUAGCCCAUCUGCCUUUCCUCUUCAUUCCUGGUUUUCCUUGCUUUUAUGUUUGGAGGGAAGUCCUUAAUUACAUAGGUCCUUAUCUCUCCCCAUCCCAUAGCCUCAUAAGUACCUGAGAUAUAGACGCUAUCAAGAACUGAGCUACACUCCCCUACCUGAGACUGGUACCCUCAAAAUACAAGACUGAAGCUUAACUGGGAAUUUGGCUCUAUGGGGUGAAGAAUCUUUGAAAGUUUGUGUCAGAAGGGGAGGGUAAGGUCUACCCUCCAAAAGCAGGUUCCAGCUUAAUUAAGAAGUAGAUUCCAGCUAUUCAAUAAAGGAUUAUUAGCCUUUCAGAUCAAAACCAGGAAUAUGAAUCUGUGAUUAUUAAACUCAUUGCCAACUCAUGAGAUAUUUGAUAUUCUGAAAAACUGUAGUUUCUUAAUCUAAGUCCAUCUCUUCUUUAACUCUACAAUUCUGACUCACAAAUCCCAAAUCUUUGAAUGCUAAAUAUUAACAUUUAGCAUUAACUGUCUCGUCAAGCAAAGGGCCUCUCUACAACCUAGUCCAUCUCAUUUCUGGUGCUACCUGAGUUGGACAGAAUUCUAGCUCAUGGUUGCUAGGAAAACUAAGCCUCUGAUCACAGAAGCAGACAGUUUUAGUUCCACUCAGUCUAGGCCUAGAUAAAAGAAAUGACUCUUACUACAGCGAUUAUUAUUAUUUUCCUAUUUUCUUUCUCACAUACUGUACACAAGUAGUAUUUUCAAUGUGAAUCCAAAGCUUGUCUGGUUCUCUGAAAAGAAUUUUUGUUUUUGCCUUUUAGGUUCUUUACAUUGUGAUAAUGCUGUAUUUAAAAAAGAAUAUUUAAAUGUAAUAUUAAAGAAAUAUUCAAAAGAA